CAGCAACCAUGGGUGCCAGCGCUAAGCGAAAGAAGGAGAAGCAGCAGGACUUCCAAAAACCCAAGCUCAAGGUCGGCAAGGCCAAGGCGAAGCCAGAGAACUUUACAGACACCAGUUUCCGAUCAAAAGCAAUCGUACUUAACCAACAAUCUCUACAUGUCGCCGCUCCAACCUCCAGCAGCCAAUUCUCCCACCACCUUUCCCUCCUCUCAUCCAAAUCCGACAACCAACGGCGCGAUUCCCUAGCCCAUCUAACCACCACAAUCGCCUCGCGUCCGGUCAAUUCACCUCUGCCGCAACCAGUCAGCGUCAUGCUCCCAUCCUUGCUCCCCUUAAUACUCGACGCAAACAACAAUGUCCGCACUGCUCUACUCAAGCUCCUCAAAACGCUUCCGCCCAAUGACGUACAGGACCACGUUGCGCAACUACUCCCCUACGUUCGCGCCGGUAUGACCCACCUAGCAGCCGACAUCCGUGUCUCCGCUGUCGAGAUUCUCUCAUGGAUGGUCGAUGCAGCCGGCGAAGCAGUGGUUUCUUGCGCGGGCGGGUGGAUCAAGACCUUUAACUGUUUUCUGUCGGUACUGGGCUGGCACACCGAGGAGUCAUCUCGAUGGUCAUCGAGCCGGGCUUCCUUUGGCAAGUCAGGGAGCCAGGGCCGACCUAUGGUGAAGGUACUGGGUGCGCUAGCGGGGUUCUUGGACGCGGGAAUCGGUGCCCCAGGUGCCUCGGUCGACGAGACAGGGUCACACGAUGACUCGUCCCCCUCGGCGUGGCCGUUCCCGCUGUGCCAGACGAGUCAACACAUGAUAUCCGAAUCGGCUGCGCCAUAUAGCUACUUGAAUUUGUUUGGACAACCGCGUGAUGAAGAAGGCGAAAUGUAUGAGACCCGCGAGGAUCGGUACCGGAUUUUUUCGACACGAUUCUUGUCCGCUGUUGAACGCGGUCUGAAGAGUGCAAGGGAAGAAGGUGGCGAGCUGGGUCGCGCGUCUUCCGGCGUGAGCAAGGUGCUGAAAGAAGCCUUGUCGUACGGGGCUGGACCUUGAAAGUGAAUAUUUACGAUGAUAUGAUCAUAAUACAGCAUUCUUAUACCGCUAUCAGGACGAGAUGUUUCUCAAGUACUUGUCUGAAAAGGGGCCAUGGUAUCUCUAUCCUUGUGGCUCCGUACUCUUCGAGGACCUCAUGAUAUACUUCCCAGUUGUCAUCUUGGGAAACCUCGAGAAACCUGUGUGCAGGCCCAAAAUCUUCAGCGGCCACGGUCUGCUCCUUCUUGGGUGGUAGACCUCUACCACGCUGGAGAGGAAUCUCAUGUUGGUACAACAGGCUUUCUCUGCGCUAGGGUUUGGAGAAAAGGCUGAACGGCAUGACUUCCAGAUCGGUCCAUAAUAGACCUUUCAAGUCAUCUUUCUAGUUGUACCUUGAGAUAUCCCCAUGCGAAAAUUUAAAUGCCAUCUUAAAUUCCUAAAAGAUUCGUCGACGAAGAUAAAAGUUAAGACCAUCUCGAGAUAGAUCUUUCCCCUAGUUACUACGCCUCUACCUCUAGGCUGCCAAUGGCGCGCUAUACUGUUAUUCCUAUUACUCGAGCGUGUUUCUUUUCAUGGUAACGCUCGAGUCUGGACUCAAAUAUGACUGUAUAUAGAGCAAAGUUCACGCACCACAGAAAGCGCUAUUGCGCAACUGUCUGCAUGAACUGCAAGACGUAAAGAUACUCUCAUGACAACCUCUCACACCAAAAAACAAAUAUUCAUCAUCAUGACAGGCUGUAAAAGCUCUAGACAGUCUUCUCCGACUCGGUCGGUAUCUUGUCCGAUCGAGAAGUAGCCGACAUUUGCUCCGAACUAUCCGCCUCCACACCUUCCACCACAACAGUUCUCUCAUCAUAAAUUUCAUCCGGGAGAACAGCACGAGGAAUCCGAGUCUCCUUUGCCGGGAACAACCACGACAAGGCCAGAUAAACCCCCGCCGUAGCAGAGAAUCCCAACAACCAUCCAAAUUGAUAAGGAUGCACACCGACCCCGACAUGAAUUUUCGGAUUCACAGUAUUAAUCAACCCAGGAAGAGACGGGACAACGCCCACGAGGAAAGAGACCACAGCACGCCAAUUCACGCCCCAGAUGGAUUUCCCAGACAUGAACGGCACGGCACAAACGUACCGAUAAAUCGGAUUCGACGGCUGAUACAGCGCAAGACAAUCAUACCGAGUCCGAUUCACGAUCCAAAAGUCAAACAACAUGAUCGCAGCAAUAGGACCCAAGAAGAUAGCAUAAGCGCUCAUGAAGCUCAAAAAGUUAUUGGCCGACGCGAGGAUCUUCCACGGUACCAGGGCCCACGAUAACAGGGCACACAAGAUCUGGCCGCGGCGGAUGUUCAACACCUUCGGUGCCAGGGCGGUAAAGUCGUUCGCGGCGGAGAGUGAAUUGGCCGAGAUAUUGACGCCUAGCGAGGCGAUGGCGAACGAGGCUGCGCCGAAGAAGCGGCAGGCACGGUUGGGCCAGUGGCUGAUGAGUUCGUUGGGGUCCCAGGGUAUAGAGGCGAGGUUGUAGUGGGCUUGGCCGGCGGAGGAAGCGGCAAUGCCGAUGAAGGAGACGAAGGUGAAGAUGAUGGGGAGCAUGGGGAUAUAGAGGAGUUGCCAACGGGGAUUGACCCG